AUGGAAGAUUCACAACCGUCUCUCGUUCAAGCAGGAAACAGCACAACAACAACAACAACCAUUCCGUUCGAUCUCAUCAUCCAGAUACUCUCUCUACUUCCCGGGAGAUCGCUCAUCCGAUUUCAGUCCGUGUCAAAGUUAUGGUUCUCUACCAUCCGCAGCAAAUUUUUUGUAGACUUGUUCCAGACUAGGUCAAAGACUCGUCCUCGUCUCCUUUUCGCGACCUAUGACAGAGAUUCCCAGAAGCAAUUCAUCUUCUCGGCUCCUGAACACAUAGACAACAAGGACGACGAUGAUAAAUCCUCCUCCAGUGUCAUGGCAAGAUGCGAGACGAUCUCGUAUCCAGACUACUACAUGAGCUAUGGUUCUGUCGAAGGUUUUGUCUGUUCCAGAGGUCUUGUUCAUAAAACUAUCACCGUUUAUAAUCCCACUACAAGACAAGUUGUGAGGUUGCCAGACCUUAAACCGAAGGGAAUGAGACAAAUGGACGCACGUCUUGGGUACGAUCCAGUCGAAGAUCAAUACAAGGUGUUAUGUGUGACUGAAAGCCAAGAUAUACCACAGGAGCAUUUCGUUUGCACUGUGAGUUCAUCUCAGAAACAAGAGUGGAGAAAGAUCGAGAACCCCACCGGAGAUGAUUACCAAUGUAUCUGCCGAGACAAAUGCAUUGAUGGUGCUCUAUACUAUGGAGUUGGACGACAGACAAGAAUAGUUAGGUUCGAUGUUAGAUCUGAGAAGAUUGAGUUUAUUAAAACACCCAAAGAGUCACAUAUCUACCGGUGUACUUUUAUAAAUUACAAGGGAAAAUUGGGCUGUUUAGAUUAUUCUUUCAUAGAAAAUUCCAUGACAUUGUGGGUUCUUAAGGAUGCUGAGAAACAAAAAUGGUCUAGCAUGACGUGUGCCUUACCUACCAAGUGGGAAGAUUUAACUGCGGUUCACAUAGUGUCUAUAGGAGUGAUCCAUACGGGCGAGCUUGUGGUGUUUAAUCCAGCGUUCCAGUCAUCUAAGCCUUUUUAUGUUUGUUAUAAUGAUUUUAACAAGGAGAGUACAAGAAAAGUCGAGAGUACAAGUUGA